ACCAGGACGGAUAGAAAUAGAUACUUACAUCACUACAAACAUAUUGAAAUAUAUGGGAGUGUCAGGAUUGAAAUCGACAGAGGUGAAAUAGCUUGCAAUUAAAAUCGAUACCACUUGGGCCCACAGUUCUUUUUAGUCGGUCCAUGACAAAUCUUGUCCGUAAUAUCGGAGGCCAGUUUGUCAUUCUGUUUAGGGCAACAAAGGGCAGCUUCCCUCUGUGAUGCUAAUCAGCAGCCCAAUAAUUGCUCUCGACUCUUAUCAGCACUACAAUCUGCCUCCCUUGUGUCCUCAGCAAUAGAGGCAAUUUCUGCGUUGUUGUAUUUUAUGCAUGACAAACUAGAACUACUAUUUCAACUUUGACGACUUCGAUCCUGACACAUCCAUGAAGAUGAAAAAGCUACGAAACAGUAUUACAACAGCAACAAGAUGAAGGACCGGGACAAGUUAAGUAGAACAAGCUGCGACAAGAACAACCGGUUCUCGAGAACACCACAACUGCUCUGCCUUUGCUGCAAAAUUAAUCUCGAUCAUUUACGAAAACGAAAAAUUAAGAAUAGACUUGCCGAAAAAAUAAAGCACUACCCCACGACAAAAGAAAAAAAACCAGUACUACUAGCACAGCCGUCCACAACUACAGCUGCGAGCUUCUGACUAUACUCCACAACUACAGCUGCGAACUUCUGACUAUACGUGCCAAUGGAUGGUGGAAAAUAAAUUCUAGAACUUCUAAAGAGCGCAAAAACUACAAAGUGCGAAAGGAGGAUGGAAGAACCAACUGUAGUUGAAAAUAGAAGUUGAUGUCCUCAAGAAGAACAAUGGUUUCAGUUUCAGAUUAUAAUGGCCCGCCAGGUCCGUGAGGAACUUACUACAACUAGAGAGGGCAAGAACUUCUACGUACUUACUUACAGUUACAGCGAGUAGUUCUACUAGUUGGAGGAUAUCUUUAUCUUCAGAAUUUCAUGCUGCUUUCUUCUUCUCCAGGACCAGGACCAUUAAGAUUGACCAAGUUUGGUUAUCAGUCCUGGUCCAGCAGAGACGAAGAGGAAGCAGGACUGAAUCAUGGCACUUCGCUGCGCCAAAAAAAAGCUUGUUUUUCUACUGAAGAGAAGAUCAACAUCAACCAGCAAGAACUUCUUGAAGAAAACUUUGAUUGCGCGUGCUUUUUUAGAAGGGAUGGAAUAAGCGGAAAGGUAGUAAACUGGUGA